GCCGGCGGCGCGGUGCGGGGCCCUGCCGAUGUGCCGCCGCUUUGCGAGCACAUCCAUCGCUACAUGUGGCGUUCCGCCGGGCCACAGCGGCCGCGGCGGGGCGGGCGGGCAGCCGGCAACCCCCGGGAGCUGCUACCUGCCGCGGCAGUCUGGGAGAAGGAUGUUAACCACUGGUCCCUGAUUUCUGAUCACUUCUAUUGAAGGAAAAUCCCCAUUUCAGAGAGAGUGCAAGACUGUGGGAAAUUAGAGGAUACCACAUCCCAUUGUUUUUUCCAGGUCCUCCCACUAUUCUAUGGGCAGUCGAGCUUUUUCCCAUGACAGUGUUUUUAUACCUGAUGGGAGAACAGAGAACGAACAGGCCAUCCAAGCAAUGUCACAGGAGAACGUUUUAGGAAAAGUCAAAACUCUUCAGCAACAGUUGGCCAAGAAUAUAAAAUUUGGGCAGCCUCCACAAAUGACAAUUUCUGUGAGGACAAUGGGGGAAGCAAAUGCUAGUAUGGAAGAGGAUGUGUUGGUCGGUAGCCCCAUGGAGCUUGAGACUCAGCAGAACACAGUGAUCUCAGACAGUGGUAAAAAAUCUCAUGACACUCCGGCUUUUUUGAGAACAAUGACUUUGCCUGCAACUGCGUAUGAACUGGAAGAAAAGGUCACUCCAGUCAAAUCAUCUCGGCCAAAAAGACAAUUUUCCUGUUCUGGCACAAUUGAAACAAUCAAUUUGGAUGCAGUUCCUCAGGCUGUUGCUCGUCUAGACAACAGUGCAGCUAAACAUAAGCUGUCAGUAAAGCCAAAAAAGCAGAAGAUAUCAAGGAAGCACAAGAGAUUAACAAAGGGAUCACAAAGUUUAACAAUAACAGAAUUUGAACCAGAUGACCUCGACAUGCCACUGUAUGGAGACAGAUACCCAGGUUAUAAUGGACACAUAGCAGACAAGCUAAUUCAGAACAGAGAUGAACAGAAGCAGCUUCAGCUGGCAGAGGAGAAAAGAAUUGAAGAUCACUGGGGGAUCUUUGAGGCCGAAAGGAUAAGGCAGAUUGUAGAAAUGGAGGAACAAAGAGAGAUGGAAGAACAAAGGUGCCAAGAACUUGAGCAGAUGCAGAAAGAGCAGGAGAGAAGGUGUGAAGAAGAGAGAAGGCAGUAUGUUCUCAAAGGAGAGACAUCUUUGAAAGCAGAAGAGCAAACAAGCCAUAAAGAGGAGACAAGACUGGUGGAGGCUGAAAAGAGGCGAGAGCUGGAGGGGCAGAGGCAACAGGAACUGGAGAAGCAGAAGCAGAAGGAGUUGGAAGAGCAACAGGGACGAGAUAUGGAGGAGAAGAAGCACCAGAAAUGGGAGGAGGUACAGAGACGAGAGCUGGAGGAACAGAGGUGCCAAGAACUGGAGAAGAGGAAAAAGGAGCUGGAGGAGCAACAGAGACGAGAGCUGGAGGAACGGAUGUGUCAGGAACUGGAGAAGCAGAGGCAGAAGGAGCUGGAGGAGCAACUGAGAUGGGAGCUGGAGGAGCAACAGAGACAAGAGCUGGAGGAGCAGAAGUGCUGGGAACAGGAUGAGCAACAGAGACAAGAGCUGGAGGAGCAGAAGUGCUGGGAACAGGAUGAGCAACAGAGACGAGAGCUGGAGGAGAAACCAAGAGAGCUAGAGGAGAAACCAAGAGAGCUAGAGGAGAAAAAGACACAAGAGCUGGAGGAGCAGAAGCACCAGGAGAGGGAUGAGCAACAGAGACAAGAACUGGAGGAGCAGAAGUGCCAGGAACAGGAAGAACAGACGUGCAAGGAGCUGGAGGAGAAGCAGAGAAGAGAGCUGGAGGAGCAGAAGAGGCUAGAGCUAGAAGAAUUAAGGCAACACGAGACUGAAAAACAGUGCCAAGAGGAAGAAGAAAGAAAUUGGCUACAGCAACAAAAAGGACUCAAGGAACAAAAUAAGGAAGAAAACCAGAGACGAGAGCUAGAAGAGAGAGAAUCUGAAAUAAAAUUGAAGCAGGAGAAAGAAGCCGAGAGCCUCAAACAACAGAUGAAACAAGACGAACAAAGGCAGCACUUAGAGGAGAAAAGAGAAAAGACAGAGAAGGAACAACCCCAGCAAGUAAUGGGUAAGAAAAAGAAACAGGAAGAACAUAGAAAACACAGACUCACAAAACAAAUGCACAUGGAAAGCGCAGAGGGUAUGCAACAGGAUGAACUAAAGCAACAAAAGGAACAAAAUGAGCAAGAAUGGAACAAGGUGGAAGAGCAGAAGGUAGACACAGAUGAACAAAAUCUUCAGCAACACCAACAAGAAAAAUCCUUGGAACAGCAACAGGACAAAGAUCAGCUGUGUUCUGGAGAAGCUGAUAGGCAUCCGGUAGAGGAGAAGCUCCAAGAAAGCUCAAGAUCCCCAAAACUCAAGCAGUCAGAAAAAGGGAAUAAAACAGCAGAAGAAGUCCUAGCCCAGAAACUGAAGAGAGAAGUUGAGGCUCAGGAACAAAAGCGAAUAGGGGAAGAACUUAGGUGGCAAGAGGUAGAUGAACGACAAACUGCAUCCAGACCCUUCACAUUUCAAGUGUCUUCUGGAGAUAAACAGAUCAUAUUUCAGAAAGUAAAUCUGAGUCCAGUCAUGCCUGUCAAAGGAGCAGGACUCUCUCCUACAUCCGUCAAAGACUCCAGGGUGCACACUGUCAGCAAGGGCUCUCAUACACUCCCGUCAUCUGUGUGUGUGCCCCAUACAGCUAUUUUGGUUACUGGAGCACAGCUGUGUGGCACAGCAGUUAACUUGAACCAGAUAAAGGACACGGCUUGUAAAUCAUUACUUGGCUUAACAGAAGAGAGAAAAAAUGUGGAUAUUCCUUCACCAGAGAAGGCCCAGAAAAAAAAACAGGAUCCCAAACCCAGCAGCAGCAAAUUGAAAUAUGCACAAGAGACACUGAACAAUCAGGCUGUGCUGGCUGAGUGGGCCUCCAUCCGCUCCAGAAUCCUAAAGAACGCAGAAAACAGCAAAUACAACGAGCGGGACCGAGUGAGUGUCUGCAGGCACAGUGAUGAUUGGACACCCCGAGGACGCGGUGCUUCCCAUGGCAACUUGAGGAAGACCCUCUCUGCUAAUGCAAAGUUCUCCAUAACACCUGCAUGGCAGAAGUUUUCAGAAGCUUCAAAAACCAGUUCAGACGUUGAGAAUGUGAUUGCGGCAAAAGGCAAUGAAACAGUGGCUGUGGGAAGAAUCACUGGCUCAGCCACUGAUUCAAAGGAGGAUGGGGCUCCCACUUUUAAGGAUAACGUAGCCAAAAAAGCUAAGGAGAAAAUGGAAUCCCAUAGAGAAAUGGCAGACAACACAGAAGGCUGUAAAUUUGCAAAAGAUCUUCCAUCUUUCCUUGUUCCAAGUUUUCCUCAUUCUCCAGGUAAAGAAGUGUCCCAGCAAGAAGUUCAGGGUCCUCUGGAAAAUCAGCCGAGUAACAGCACCAAAAAAACAGAUAAACCAGCGCCAAAUGGAGAAGAAAAUGUUUCUCCUUUUGGGAUAAAGUUACGAAGGACAAACUACUCUUUACGUUUCCAUUAUGAUCAACAGGCAGAGCAGAGGAAAAAGAAAAGAUACAGUGCAGGAGACAGUUUUGACGGUGUGCCUGACCCCUUAGUUACAACAGAAGAUGAGAAAGAAUCCUCUGUUUUUGCUCCGCAGGAGGGUACAUCCCCUGGCACGGGGAGAGCAAAUGUCCCUGCUAAUAUAAAAGACUCAAAAGACUCUUCAGUUACUGUGGUGGAGAUUUCACAUACAGCAGGCACACCAGCACUACCAGCCACCGGCCAGAGUGCUUUACCCCAUCAUGAGAAACCAGCAUGCAAGUCACCGGUCCCACAGAAACCUGCUUUAGCUCCAAAGCCCACCAACCAGACACCACCAUCAUCUCCUCUCUCUAAAAUGAACAGAUCAAACCUAGCUGAUACACUAGGGCAAAGGCUGGUUAAAGCUGAAUCAGAUGGUGGCUGGAGAAAAGAAGACAGAGCAAAUGCAGUGCACCCCACACCAUCCAAUGAGAACAAAAAUGAAGAGGAAGAAAUCAGAGAAAAGAAGUCAUUUUUCCCAUCUAUAAGUAUUCCAUGGAGAGAAAGAAAUGACAAAAAGCCUGAGCCACUGAAGAAAGAAAAGCCUGUCCUCCAGAGCAGGCACUCUUUAGAUGGCUCUAAGGUGAUGGAAAAAGUUGAAACUUCACAACCGCUUUGGAUUACAUUAGCGCUGCAGAAGCAAAAGGGAUUUCGUGAGCAGCAAGCUACAAGGGAAGAGAGGAGACAAGCCAGAGAGGCGAAGCAAGCAGAGAAGCUGGCUAAAGAAAAUGCUGCUCUAAGUAAUCAGUCAGAUAAUAAAAGCAGCAGCAGCAGCAAAACAAGCACACUGCAGAAAUCUACAACUCAAGAAGGGGAGAAGAAAAUUGAGACUGCUGUGUCAAGGCUAGAAAGAAGGGAGCAGCUAAAAAAGUCAAACACCCUUCCGACUUCAGUGACAGUGGAAAUUUCGGAUUCUGUUCCGUCAACCCCACUGGCAAAGGAAGUGGCCAAGAGAUUCUCUACACCUGAUGCUAACCCUGUGUCAACAGAACCAGCCUGGCUUGCUUUAGCCAAGAGGAAAGCGAAAGCCUGGAGUGACUGUCCGCAGAUCAUAAAGUAAACUUUAAAA